UCUUGACGUCUUGGGGGUUUGACAGGUUGACUGGCCAGAAAAAAAGAGCAGGAGGAAAUAGAAGACCAUUGCCAGGUAAUGAGCUAGGUCUCCACCGUUUUUACUUUUGCAGGUCAUGAGGUAGGCAGUCAGCAGCUUGAGGCCAACGGUGAGCGUCGGUACACUAGCAUUUCCCUCCCUGGAUGUAUGUGGCGUGAAUUACGACUCCCGACGGAUGUAUCUGAUCGCAAAAACGUUUCAGAGAGAUAGAGAUGUGAAUAUGCCCUGAAUGAAUCAGUUGAAGGCGGUGACGACCUCGCUUCGGAGCUCUUCCUCUACCUGGGUAUGGAGGACGAGAGGGAGUUUGGGCAAGAAAUUUGAACAAUCAAGCGGACACGUCAGCAAAUUGGAGUCUCAGCCAUAACCACUCACUGCCACAAGGGAGGAGCCUCUCCACGCUGCUGCUCUAAGACUUACUCUAAUUCCACAGUUUUGAGUUUGGGAAGCCGAUCCAAUGUACGUGCCAGCAGAGUAACAUCCGUCUAUCCUUCCAAGGAUGUUUCGUUUCGCCGAAGCUUGAUUGCCAUUCCGUUUGCAUUUCGGAUUGGAAGCCUGUUUGUGCGUCCGUUAGUGAGUCCGUUUGAGAGCUCGCUGGCGUUGCCGUUGUCCUGUCGGAGCGUGAUUGGCUGCAGAGGGAGAGGGGAGCUUAAGAAGGAAGAGACUUACCGUGGUAAUUGUCCACUUACGGGUGUUUCAUUUCUUCGAAAAUUGUCUUCGACUCCGUUGGUGGGUCCGUUUGUGAGUCUGUUUUCGAGUCCGUUUGUGAGCUCGCAGACGGUGUUGUCGUUCUGCUCAAGCGUGAUUGCGGUCAGAUGUUGUGAGUCUAGGAGUAAACAGAAUUACUGCAGUAACUCUACUUCCAUUCUCUGUGAACAAAGUCACUGCCGUAAAUCUACUCCCAUUUGCUGUGGACAAAGUUACUGUGGUAAAUCUAGUUCCAUUCGCUGUGAACGAAGUAACUGCGGUAACUCUAACUCUAGUUCCACUCGCUGUGAACAAAGCCAAUGCGGCAACUCUUACUCUAGUUCCACUCGCUGGGAACAAAGUUACGGCGGUAGCUCCAGUUUCAUUCGCUUUGGUCAGAGUUACUGCGGUAACUCUAGACCAAGUUCCAUACGCUGUUCGGAAGCGAGGAGGGUAGAGAUGGAUUUUCGUGCUGCGGUGACCAGCAUCGGCCCUGGAAUGGAGGACAGGAUUCGGCGCCAGUUAGUCGAUCUUGUCAACGUGGCAGAAGAUAAACGCUAUGGUCCUGUACUGGAUAAGAUCGGAGAUGCGUCCAUCGUCUUGAUAGGCGAGGCGUCACAUGGCACUCAUCAGUUCUACCGCGUGCGUGCGGAGCUGACUCAGCACUUGAUCGUGGCGAAAGGGUUCAACACGGUGGCCGUCGAAGCUGAUUGGCCCGACGCGUAUCGGGUCCAUCGCUACGUGCAGCACCGGAGCAAGGACAAGUGUGCGGAGCGGGCGCUCGCGGACUUCCAGCGUUUCCCCACGUGGAUGUGGCGCAACACCGAUGUGGUCCGCUUUGUCCAGUGGUUGCGCGCGCAUAAUCUCCCCCUGCCGGCGGAGAAGCGCGUCGGGUUCUACGGUCUCGAUCUCUACAGUCUGUAUCGCUCGAUCGAGGCCGUGAUUAACUACCUAGAUAGCGUGGAUCCCGAUGCGGCGAAGAAGGCACGAUAUCGCUACGGCUGCUUCGAGGAGUUCGACCAGGACCCCCAACAGUACGGCUUCUUGACUAAUUACGGCGUAAGCGGGGGGUGUGAAGAUGAGGCAAUCAAGCAGUUGAUGGAUAUGCGAGACAGGGCAAUGACGAAGGUGCGUACAGACGGGUUUAUGGAGAUGGAGGAGGCAUUCUACGCCGAGCAGAGUGCCCGCCUUGUGCGCAAUGCGGAGCGCUAUUACCGAGCGAUGUUCAGAGGGCGGGAUAACAGCUGGAACUUGCGCGACGGGCACAUGUUUGAGACCCUGGAGGCGUUAAUGACCCAUCGAGCGGAGGUGUUUAAGCAACCCGCCAAAGUGGUGAUCUGGGCGCACAAUUCACAUCUCGGCAAUGCGCGCUUCACGGAGAUGUCAAAGCGCGGGGAGCUUAAUAUUGGGCAAUUGAUCAAAGAGAAGUACCCUGACAAAUGUUACUCGCUCGGGCAGACGACAUAUGAAGGAACGGUGGCGGCGGCGUCCAACUGGGGUGACCCAGUGGAGCGGAAGAUCGUGCGGCCUGCGUUGGCCGACAGCUACGAAGCGCUGUUUCAUUCAAUCAAGCGCCCCGUCUUUUUCCUAGAUCUCAAGAACGAAGAGAUGGCGGAAGAUCUGCGCAAGAUGCAGCUCGAGCGAGCCAUUGGCGUGAUCUAUCGUCCGAGGACGGAGCGGCAAAGCCAUUACUUCUAUGCGCAAAUCUGUAAGCAGUUUGAUGGGGUGAUACACUUUGACAUGAGCGAUGCUGUUAUCCCCUUGGAGCCGACAAGGCAAGGAAGUCGGAGGACAGCCGCGAAGACUGCCCCGGGUGAGGACGCGGCCCGCAGGACAAGCGGGAGGAGGAAGGGGGCAAGAGCAGGAGGAGCAGCGGGAGGAGGAGGAAAAGAUGUCAGGGCAGGGAGGUCACAAUCGGGGGAAGUAGAGGUUGGGAUGGAGAAAUGGGAUCGGAGAGGGAAGUCGGGAUCGGGGGACAGAGGUGGGGAUCGAUGGGGGGAAGUGGGGGAGAAGGAGGCGGAGAUGGGGAGGGAAGUCUCCAGACGGAGGUCGGGGGAGGGAGGUCGGAGGAGGGAGUUGGGAUCGGGGGAGAGAGGUGGGGAUCGGUGGAGGGAACCCGGGAUCGGGGGAGAGUUGGGGACUGGUGGAGGAAAGUCGGACUGGGGACACAGGUGGAUAUCGAUGGACGAAGUAGGGGGAGGGAUGCUGGGAUGCGGAAGGAAGUCGACGAAGGGAGGUUGGCGGAAGGGGAUUGGAGUAGGACAUUGGAAUAGGGACGUCCGAGUAGGGACGUCGGGCGAGGCAGGGGAGUCGGGAUGGGAAGGGAAGUCGCGGGAGGGAGGUCAGUGCAGGGUGGGAAGUGGGGACGGGAAGGGGGGACAGUCCACGCAGGGAAGUCGGGAUGGGAAAUGGGGGUUGGGGGAGGGGAGUCGGGGAAUGGAGGUCGGCCACUCGGCGGAGGGAAGUCGGGGGAGGCAGGGGAGUUGGGAUGGGAAGGGAAGUCGUGGGAGGAGGGUCAGUGCAGGGAGGGAAGUCGGGAUGGGAAGGGGGGUCAGUCCACGGAGGGGAGUCGGGAUGGGAAGGCGGGUCGGGGGAGGGGAGUCGGGGAAUGAAGGUCGGCCACUCGGCGGAGGGAGGUCAGGGCAGGGAAGUUGGAGGAGGCAGGGGAGUCGGGAUGGAAAGGGAAGGAUAUAAACUACCAAGUCCCUUUUUCUUUUUCCUUCUGUAACAUCCACUACUGCUUGCUACUGGGGUCCCUGUUGUAGAUGGAUCGGGUCUAUUUCUGGGUAACUUCACCUGCUGGAAACUGGGUCCAGCAUUCCAUUAGUGAUAAAAGAUCCAUUAGAGC